GUUAUGUUGUAAUUUUAGCGGAAAAUAAUGGUUGUGUUUACUUAUAAUCAAUAAUUAUUAGUUUGCAAGUUAUAUGAAUAUGUUAGCUACAGAAGCCAUAGUUUUAAAAUAAAAUUAUUCUUCAAAAUCGAUUUGAGCUAGACUAUAUAGCUAUGAUAACAUAAAAUAAUGAUGAAGAUUGAUGUUUUUCUUCACUGUACCAGGUUCCAGGUUCCCUGUAAAUCAACAUCGUAGAAAAAUGCUCGAUGGUGAAGAAAGCCCUGAAUCUCCCGGCUCCAGAGCAGGGACUAGUAGUGAAUACAGGGGUUUGGGAAAAAGAAAGCCUUCGAAUCCAAGCAGUUCAAUUGAGCAUCAUCAAUGAUAACAAUGAGACUGUCCGCCCAUCUGUCCCAGGGUCUUCAAGAAUGUCACACCCUGCAUUCGGCCAACACCGAUCCGAUGGACGGAGCGAUGAAUUACAUUCACUCUCCAAACGUCAACGUUCGGAAUCAAGAAAACGGUCAAUUGUCAAUGAAGAUCAACUACUGCAAGCUGAAAACGUUGUUAUGGACGAUGAAGACGGAGAUAUAUUUUCUGGUGGUCAAAUGCUCAAUGAGAGCAAAGCAUCUGAAAAUGAGACCAAUGAAUCAAGGGAACAGUUAGGUUGCAAAAUAGCAGCACAUUGUCUCGGUUCCAACCUCAGCAGUGAGGAUCUGUCUUCGCAUCUGGCCAGUUGCAUACAACUAAAUACUGCCAAUAGAACAUAUGCUGCGGUCUGUGGAGGGGGGCUUACAGCACUGACAUACAGCCAGCCAGCCGUGAUGGCAGCAGCUAGCUGGAACCCGUACUCUAUGUGGGGGCCACCCUCACCGUGGUACACUACUGCCUACCCUGGGCUUGGACAGCAGCAGGCUCCAAUGCAAGCUCCCCCGCCUCCAUCAGCUGAGCUGUUGGCAGCGUUAGCAGCUACCACCCCCAUAGGCGCCGCCGAAGCUGCUACCACUCCCAUAGGCGCCGCCAAAGCUGCUACCACCCCCAUAGGCGCCGCCGAAGCUGCUACCACCCCCAUAGGCGCCGCCGAAGCUGCUACCACCCCCAUAGGCGCCGCCGAAGCUGCUACCACCCCCAUAGGCGCCGCCGAAGCUGCUACCACCCCCAUAGGCGCCACUGAAGCUGGCCCCUCGCAAGCUUCGUCUGACGAUGUGAAGAUCAUAGAGGAGAGCGAUGAAACCAAUUUCAUCGAAGCUACUCCUCCGACUCGUGAGUUGGUCAAACGAUCACCUUCGUCCAAAUGGACGAAAGUGGAGAAAAAGAAGAAGAAGAUGUCUGUAAAGCUGUUCUCUUCUUCUGAGUCAGAGGGAGACUCCUCGGCAGUACCGCUGCUAGCUGCUACAUCAUCAAGACCAACAACAGCUCAAGCUACAUCAUCAUCAAGACCAACAACAGCUCAGGGCAGCAGGACAACACAAGGCAGAGGAUCGGCAAGCAUGACGGCACCGUCUAACUCAUGCGCGCCCUCACCAACAAGCUCCUCAAAAUUGUUUAAUAUCAGCCGUUUUAACUUUGUGAAUGAAACUACAUGA